CCCAGUACCCAAUAGACGUAUGUUUCCUGGAGGUUUCUUGGUCCUGGGCAUGGACUUAAAUCUCCUGAGCCAAUAGUUGUUUUUCGCUAGGAAAUGUCCGCACCCAACCUCCCCGAUGCUCUUGCUAUCCUUGCCACCAGCUACGACCGUGAUGGGUUUCCGAUACAAGCAAUUCAUUGUCUCCAGGCUCUUGUCAAACAACAGUUGCCUCCCGAUUUCGAGGCCAAAGCGCGACUUCACCUAGGUCGGUUGCUGCUGGAACACACCUAUAACUUUAAGGAGGCAUCCUCACACCUGCUGCGAGCACAAAUGCUUGUGCGGAACCUGAUCGGCAAUUAUUGCCUGAAGUACGAGGUCCACAACCAGUUAGCGACUUGCUACCAGUACAUGGGGGAAGAGGCUAUGGAGCUGCAGGCCUACACCGCGGUUGCUGAGCUCUGGAAAUCCGCCCGCGGCUCUAGCGAAUGG